AUGCGCAAAUUCACCGACGUUAGGCUGUAUGCAUCUUUCAUCAUUCUCACGUCGCAUCUAGCGAUCAGUGAAUUUAAUUCCAUAUCAAAACCCACCGCCGGAGAAGUGCUAGUAGCCGGAACCACCUACACCAUCGAAUGGAAACCAGACAUCGGCAGUACUGUCGAGCUCCAGCUCUGGGACGACACCUACUAUGGCUACUCACGCGCGUUCGGAGAUCUUUGCUAUAACUACCUCUUCAACCCGUUUUGUGGACAGAUAGCGACGAACGUAUCCAACACUGGGAAAUACGAGUGGCAUAUUCCGCAUCAGUCAGACUAUCCACGCAAUCAACCUUAUUUCUGGCUUAAGAUGUUCGUCAACGACUUCUAUCAUCCAGAGCUCGGCAAUACAGAUCCGGUCUUGAGUUACUCGCAAAACUUCUCGUUUACUGCAGAGCCGUAUAUGUCUGCGUCGAGUUUGAGUUUGGUUACGGCAAGCAGCACUAAUUCCGUGAUUUUGCCUGGCCCCGCAACUUCCACGAUUGGAGCUCUCUCAACGCCACAUUCAAGCCCUCCGUCAACACCACUCGUAGCGCUAUCGUCAACAUCAGAAAUCUCCACAGCGGAUGCAGCUUCAGAGCCAUUGGCGACGCAGGCCGUCAGUACCUCAUCCUUUACGACCGAUACCGAUGUGUCGAGCCAAAUCACCGCUUCGGGACUCGGCACGACGACUAAUGCUGCCAAAUCCAGCUCAACAACAUCUCAAAGUGAUUCUGCUGCAACCACUACAUAGAACGAUGGCUCAGUAGAUAGGACGAUUGCCUUACAAAUUCUCUUUCCAGUAUCACUGUUUUUUUGUGUUAUUAUUCUAUGAUUGAUAGAAUUGACUGCU